AUGGAAAAGUGUGAAAAUCUCGCUAAAAGUGUUGUUGAGACACAAUCUCCAGGAUCAUCUACUGUUUUGGUUGCACGUUUUGAUGGUCAGAUAACAACUAUUGAAGACAUUGACAUGAGUGAGAGUUUAAUAUAUUGUGAUAAGGUUGUUGAUUUGGAGAAAGACAAUGAUGAUUUUGGAGAAUAUAAUCAGUGUGAAACUAUAGAAGACGAAGAUGGUGAUUGUAGGGAAGAUAACGUGCAUGAAAUUGUGGGAGCUGAUGAUAUGAGCUUCACGCCAUUUAGGUGGAAUUAUGUAUGUGCAAAGCAAGGUGUGAAACGACUUCAUGAUAAAAGAGUUGAUGUUGACAAUGUCAAAAGGCGAAGGGAAACAAGGACUGAUUGUUCAGCGAUAUUACAAAUAAAGUUGGUUGAUGGAUCAUGGGUUGUGGAAAAAUUCAAUGAUACACACAACCAUCCAUUGAUUAACACUCCUACAAAGGUGAAGAAGUUUUUUUCUCAUAAUGAUUUACGACGCUCAGGCAUUACUAAGUCGUUGGUUUCUAAGCUUUAUCAGGAGGGUUUAACAUCUUCAAAAAUCUCAAAGGUGGUUAACGCUAUGAACGAAGAUGUUAAUAUUACUCCAAUUCAAAUUAGCACUAUUAUAUCAAGCCAGAGACAUAGUAAUGUAGGCCGAGAAUGCCAGGGCAUUGUCAAACACUUUCAAAGGAAGUCUGUUGUUGAUAGAGAUUUUUAUUUUGAUAUAUAUCUAGCGGAAGAUGGUACAUUAAGAAGUGUAUUCUGGGCGGAUGGUAGGUCAAGAGCUGCAUAUGCCCAAUUUGGUGAAGUCCUUGUGUUUGAUGUGACAUACAGAACAAACAAGUUCAAGUUUUCUUUUGCCCCUUUCGUGGGUGUUAAUCACCAUGGGCAAUCAAUUUUAUUUGCUGCUGCCUUGUUAGAAGAUGAAACAGAAGCAACCUUUACUUGGUUGUUUGAACAAUUUCGAACAUGUAUGUUUGAUAGGUCUCCGGUUGCUAUUAUAACUGAUCAAGACAAAGCUAUGGGAAAAUCAAUUGCUAAGAUAUUUCCAGGAGCUCGACAUCGUUUUUGUGCAUGGCACCUGAAAAAACAUGUUAUGGAGCAUAGUCAAGCACUUCGCGCACAAUUUAAAGAUAGUUUUGAUGUUGACUUCCGUGAGUGGUAUAAAAGUCAAAACAUCGAUGAGUUUGAAGGCAAGUGGGAAGCAUUAAAGAAUAAAUAUGAUAUUAGAGCAGGUAGUUGGUUGGCUAACAUGUAUACUUCACGUCAUCAUUGGGCAAAGGCAUACUUGAAAGAUACAUUUUUUGCCGGAAUGACCACAAGUGGUCGAAGUGAGAGCAUCAAUUCUUUUUUUGAUGGAUAUGUCAACUCUAACACAAUGUUAAAUGACUUUGUCAUCCAAUACGACAAAGCAAUCAAGUCUAGGAGGGAUGCAGAAGAAGAUGAAGAUUUCAAAACAAUAAAUACGAAGGCAAUUUUGGAGACUGCUCACCCAAUCGAAGCAACAGCCGGAGAGCGCUACACAAGAAAAAUGUUUGAGAUCUUCAAAAAGGAGUGGAAGGUUGCCAUUGGUGAUUAUUUUCAUGAAAAGAUUUCAACAGACAAUAAAUGUACCAAGUACCGGGUGGGAUCUCGUGAAGUUGAUAAAAAGUGGUGGGCAAUUGUCGACUACCAUUUGGAAGAAACAUUCACAGCUCAUUGUUCUUGUGCAAAAUUUGAAACUAUGGGGAUUUUGUGUAGACAUACUCUAUACAUCAUGAAGAAGAAACAAAUAAUGACCCUUCCUGAAAAAUAUAUUUUGUCUAGGUGGACAAUGGAUGCAAGUUAUAGGGUUGGAGAAUUUGCAGGCAUUCAUGUUGAAACAACUACUAAUGAAGUUAGUGCAUUGUCUUUGUGGUUGGUUCAAUCUAAAUUCACUAUGGCUGUUUCUGAAGCAAGAGAUUCUAUUUCUGAGGUUAGAAGGCUUGAUGCUAUGAUUUCUGAAUUUCUACAACUACAAUUGGAAAGAAAGAAAAAGGCAUCUGAAGAUGAAAUGGUUCCCACAAUUUAUCCUUCACUAGUUCCCGAUAAUGUUACACAAGUUUCACACAUUAAUGAUGUGCGUGAUCCUACUCAACUAGUCAAAACUAAGGGGCGUCCAAGGGUUGCUUCACGUAUAAAAUCUAGCAUGGAAAUGUCCACAAAACAACAAAGGACUUGCAGUUAUUGUCAAGGAAAAGGUCAUUAUAAGACUGGUUGUCAGAAGCUAAAGGUUACUAUAUCCCCAGAAGUGGCUUCGAGAACAGUAAACAGGUCCAUUAUAGCUGAACUUGUGAGGCUGUAUAAAGAGUCUGACUUGGGGACGAGACUUCCAGCAUAUGAUGGCAGAAAAAGUCUUUACACUGGGGUAGAGGCAAAGUAUAAGAAAAAGUAG